AGAUGAUGACAUUACCACUGAGAAACGAACUAUCUAGCAUGAAAGAUGAUGUUACGUCUUCCGAGGUGUACAGUAGUUUGGUGCGUGGUUUGAUGGAUCAUGUUCAUACUUUGGGUCCCGUUUCACUCGGAGUGGAGAGAGACGAUUUCAGAAAACGUACAAAAGCCGCGACAUCCGAAUCGGGCAAGUGAAGCAGCUGCGGAUUGAUGAGACAGACGCUGGCACUUAUUUCAUAUUGGCAGAAACCGACGAGGAAAAGUCCCGAUGCAGUACAAUUAGUGAAGGCGGCGUUUUUGGUGAGCGGUCGAUUCUUGGUCAUUGCUCGUGAUUGCUGUACGGAACUGGAAAUGGACACUGAAGAAACACGAUUACGGGCUGGCGGCUUGGGACGACGGAAUUCAUCUGAUGAAGCGGAAGACUGGGUCUUAGUUUGUCGGACCGCGCAGCGAAGUGAAGCAAGGAAAUACUGUCCAGAGCGGUCGUGGUGUCUUUUUUUUGGCAAGUGGAGAUGGUCCUGCUACGGUCAAGCAUGCGAGCGAGCUGCAUGCCCAUGGCGGGCGCGUGUGUGGAGGGAAAAUCCUUACGACGGGAUACUUGACACAGUGCUGGUCCAGACUUCCUCGUUCCUCGGAAGCAGAGCCAAAAGCAUCGGUUUUGUACUCACGGCGGAAGGAAAUGGGCGCCGGUGCUGUGCGGUGAAAUAUGUAUCGUACUGUAAUAGAUAAAUGGGCACGAGCGGGUACGGGCAUUGGCACUGCAGGAUGCGAGUGAACUCGGAAAGUAUUGCCAGUGUAUGAGAUGAUGUGACGAGGCCACCACCACUUCACCUA